CGUAGACGAACAUUCAAAACUCCCAAUCAAUGGGGAACUCAUUAAAGUCAACGACUCGAACACUUCAAACUCGUCUUUUUUAUUUGAUUCCAUUCACCAACAAACGGUUAAUCGCCGUUAUUUUCAAUUCACCGCCGUCGCCUCCGUCGUCAACCGUCGCAUUCGGCCUCUCUGUUUCACUAUUCCAUUUCAAUUUCACCAACAAUUCAUUUUCCCCCCCUUUCUUUGAGAAGUGAAUCACAUCUCUGUUCAUCAAUGGCGUGGUGGAAGAAUUUUCUCUCUCUCUUUUCUUUCCGCAGUUCCUCAAGUAGAUUUCGGGAAUUAGAUCCUGCAGCACAUACAAUAAAAUCCCAUGGAGCCAAAGUUGCAAAGAAUCAUUUACAUGACUGGUUGAUUCUUCUGCUUCUCGUUGCGAUUGAAGUGAUUUUAGUGUCAAUUCAUCCAUUUUAUCGCUAUGUGGGAAAGGAUAUGAUGACAGACCUUAAGUUUCCCUUUAAAGAUAAUACAGUUCCUGUUUGGUCUGUCCCUUUGUAUGCUGUUAUAUUGCCUAUUUUGAUAUUCUUAAUCAUCUACAUACGGCGGAGGGACGUUUAUGAUUUGCACCAUGCCAUUUUAGGCCUCUUGUUUUCUGUAUUAAUCACUGCUAUCAUCACCGAUGCUAUUAAGAACGGCGUCGGUCGCCCUCGGCCAAACUUCUUUUGGCGUUGUUUUCCCAAUGGAACAGAGGCAUAUGAUCGAACGGGAAAUGUGAUAUGUAACGGGAAAGAGAGUGACAUAAGGGAAGGACACAAGAGUUUCCCAAGUGGCCAUACUUCAUGGUCAUUUGCAGGGUUAGGAUUUCUUGCCUUUUACUUAUCUGGAAAGAUGCAAGCAUUUGAUGGGAAAGGACAUGUUGCAAAGCUAUGCCUUGUGUUUCUUCCUUUGCUUGGUGCUGCACUUGUGGGAGUUUCUAGAGUCAAUGAUUAUUGGCACCAUUGGCAAGAUGUUUUCGCUGGAGCUCUUAUAGGAUUGGUUGUUUCAGCCUUUUGCUACCUUCAAUUCUUCCCUCCUCCCUAUAAUGACAACGGAUGGGGUCCAUAUGCUUACUUCAAAGCACAAGAAGAGUUCCAUAGGAGCAAUGGUAAUGCAACUCAACCUGUAGCCAUUGUUGAUGUGCCAAUUGAAGAGUCAAGACCAAAUGGCAAUAAUGAUAUAUAUUUUGAGCCAACCCCUUUCCCUAACCAAACCUAUGACCAAAUGGAAAUGGGGGCAAGACAGUAAUUUUGUUUCUUUACUUUUUCUUCACUAUGUGUAUGUAUGUAGUUUUUUCCUUUGCUUUUGCUUGUCAUGACAACUUGCUCAUUUUUUUUGUGUGUGAAUAUUUUAGUAGUAGAAGUGAUUGAAAUUUAUAUUUUAGAAACAUUUCAUUUGUAUUGUAUCUUUUGGUUUUUAUGAUAAACUUAUGAAAAGUAUGAUAUUUGAUGA